AUCAAAUCCUUGAAUAUAGCACACCAAAAGAAAACAAAAUCAGGUGAGAUGCCCUCUGUUGAGAACAGCCCUGGUUCUGUGUCUACAAAGCCCAAAAUUGUACGGAAACGCAAAGCUCCUACAAAGACAGACCAAGAAAUUGCCUUGAGCCCCCCGUAUUCUCAACUUACCCUUGGGUGCCAGGACUGUGGAAAGACAUUCUCAGAAGUGUCUGCUUUACAGGAACACAUGGCAUCCUGGCACUCAGCUGGAAAGGUGUCCUUCCCAGAUGAAACAUUUGAUGUUGCUAAAAAACGAAUCAUAAGACCUGGUCCUAAUGAAAAAUGUAUUUCCCCUAAUGUCUUUGAAAUUCAAGUUGCAACCGAUUGGGACAUGGAGACUGAGGUGGGGGAGAUUGUGGGAGAAAGACUAUCAUUCCCAGCGUUAAGUCAGUCUCCUUCUUUAACACUUGCUUCUGGUGGUGUUGAAGGACAGGAACAAGCAGGAGUCAAAGAUUUUGAAGGAAUUGUUUCUGGACUUAAGCAGCCUCCUGAGCAGAAUCCUUUAGAAGCUUGUGAGAUUCCUUCCCAGGCUUCAACCCCAGAUAAUGUGUCAGAAAAAGCUCAGAGUAAUGGGGUCGAGUCUAUCACAGAAACAUCUUGCGCUCAACUCAAAGAUGCAGCAGAGGAAGAAAUUAAAGAAGAACUGCCUUCAGAGGUUAAUUUAGUAAUGGUUGGUGAAAACCAUGUGGAAGACAACACUCAGAUAAAUAAUGUUUCAGGUGACUCUCAAGAGCUUGAAAAUGAAGUGCACAAUCAAAGUUCUCAGUCUGCAAAAGAUGUCAGUGUAGUACUGACUCAAAAUUUUCUAACUGAACCAGAGAUAAAGCAAGAAGAAGAGGAGGUACUUGUACGCAGAGUUGAUGAUCAUAAAAGAGUGAUGGGAGAAAAUUCUGCAAUAAGAGGUAAGAAAGCAGUUGGAAGAAGCCAUAGCAAGAGACCAUUUGGAAGAAGAACUAGCAUAGAAAACAGAAGUAAAAAGAAAAUAGAAGGAAAUAAGGAGCCACAAGAUUGCAAGGUUCUGUAUCAUCUGUGUAUGCUUGAUACUCCGGAGGGAAAGAGCAAACAAAAUGACAAGAAUGGAGUUAAUGCCUCUGAAACUUGUCAACCAUUGUCUUCUGAGGAGGGUCCUGAGGAACAGGUUGUUUUUGAGUUGGAUUCUGUUACCACAAGUGUAAUGGAUAUUGUAAACUCUGGAGACAGUUCAUUUGAAGAAUCUAAAGAGCUGGUUCGAGACGGAAGUUCACCUGGAAUCAUACUGGAAAAAUUCUUUACUGCUCGAGAGAGAAAUAUGGAAAAUCCAAACACCCAAAAUCAGAUUAGGGUCUCAUUAAAGACCAACUCCUCAUUGGAUACCAGUAAAGUGACUUCGCCUAACACAUCAGCUGAUGUUAAAGUAGAAGAACGUUCUACAAAUUUGGCUCAAAACAGUCUGAUUUCUUCUGAGAGUGGUGCAAUGCAAGGAGUACAAAUGUUUUUUGUCAAAGCGGAAGACCACUUAACGAGAAAUGAGAUGUUUCAGCCCGUGGAUCAUCAUCGCUUUACAUGUCAAGAUAAGACCACUUAUAGGAACAGAGAUGGCACCUCUUCGGACUCUCAUGUAGUAUCCCUGCAGUCCUGCAGCAAGCAAUGCAUAUUUUAUCCUGUUAAGGAGGAAGAGAGGGAACAUUUAGUUGAGCCUCCUCAAGUGGAUCAGACAUUCUUGAAUUUGGGGGAACUUGCAGGGACUUCAUCUGGAAUUGAAGAAUGUGAGGAAGUCAGGGUAGGUUCGGUACAAAUGGACAUGCAAAAUCUAUAUACAGCAUCUGAAGAGGGUGAUGUUAGUGCUGAACGGCAAAGAAUUCAAGGCUUUUUAGAAUUCCUUUCAGAGAAUUCAGACACGGAUGAUGCCGAUAAUGUCCACUCUGAACCAGAAGCUGAAACCAUUGUGAUGUCCUGUUACCAUGGUAUACAGAGUAAUGGUACAGUACAUCAAAGUGGUGUAGAGAGAUGUGGUCCAAGUGGCAGAACAAACCUGGGUGCCUCUCCAACAAGGCACACAGAACCAGAGAGGCAGCUCAACAGGAAGCCCAUUAACUACUUUAAUCAAUAUUUUAGUUUGGACACAUGGAAUGAAAUUGCUGUUUACACAAGGGAAACAUCAAAACUGCCAAACCUCAUUACAGAAAAAGAGGUUGCACAGUAUGUGGGAAUCCACAUAGCAAUGGGAACUCUGAAGUUUCCAAGCACAAAGCUCUACUGGGAAGAUUGCACACGAGUACCUCUAAUAUCCGAUGCCAUGUCGGCUUCAAAAUUCUGUGAGCUUGCUCGUAAAUUGAAGCUGGCCAGUUCUGGUGGAGCUUCAGUCGAAACGAGUAGUGAUCAGGAGUCUGACGAAAGGAAUAGAGACCAGCCAGAACAGAGUAAUGAAGCUCACAGUAAUGAGGAGGCACAUAAUUGCACAAACUUAAAGACCGAUCCUUUGUGGAAAGUAAUGCCACUGAUAAGAAGUGUUCAAGAUGGUUGUCAGGCACUGAAGCGACAUGGAAACUAUGGAGUCGACCAGUACCCCCUUCCCUUUCAAAGACACCCAACCCAUUCAUUACUUCACACGGUUGUCAUAAAUGGUGAAGGAUUGGUUGUGGACUUCAUCUUGAGUGUAGAUGACUCCAAUAGAGAAGAUGUAGUUGAGAAAAUGGUCUCUAUAGGUAAGGAGAGAAAUGAAGGGAUGGUGUUUCUUUGCAAACCAGAGCUUUCUACACCUUCUAUGCUAGAGCAUCUUCUAGCUGCUGGGGUGCAAAGCGCUGGCAAGGUUGGUGGGGCAAGAGGGCAAAUAGGAGAUGAGUUUGUGAGCUCGGAUGGAAAACUCAAGCUUUUCAGGUGUCAUCAUGGCUUUAUACUUUCAGCAGUCGUAAAAGAAAAAUGGCAUUCAACAUCUCUUGUCAGUGGUUUUGAGCGAGCAAUAAAGGUUGCAAAUCUGAACCGUGACUUGAGAAGUCUUUAUCGCACACCCUGCACAAACUCGGCAGUCAGUGCUUGGCCGCAGUCUGUUCUCUGGGACUUGAUCGAUCUGGUUUUAGUAAAUGCAUGGAUACAGUACAAGCAAGAUUACAGUCAUAUUACAGACCUGUUAUCACUAAUGGCAUUUCGUUUGGAGGUGGCCAAAGCAUUAAUUCUCUCAAGUGGUGUUGACGCACAAGACUCAUCAACUCCCUGCCCUCCUGCUCUAAAACUACAUGGCCCAUAUACAAACUCAAGACCUUCCCAGGUUUUUGAGACCCCUUUGCCUGAUGAACAUACACGGUUUGAUGGCUUUUGGCACUGGCCAGAGCAGCUGGCAGAGGGCGAGGAGGCCAGGAGGUGUCGAUUCGGGGGCUGUGAGAGGACAUCACGUGUGCGGUGUCUUAAAUGCUGUGUGUUCCUGUGCAUUUCUCGAAACCACAACUGCUUCCUGAAGUUUCACAGUGAGGGGUCUUCAUGAGGCAUACAGACUGUGCCCAUUUUAACUUAAACUUUUACUCAUUUGCUUAAAUAAGAUUGUUAAUUAAGUUAUUGCUCAUCAUGACUAAAAACUAAUCCUGAACCAUCCAUGUCUAUUCUUGUCCAGGCUUUGUAGAUUUUAUUCUUGUCAAAUAAGCCCAUUUCGAUGUAUAAGGAAUGUUAUAUUGUGAUUGUUAUUUUUUAUUUUUAUGUUCCUACUAAAAAAAAUAUUAUAUUUCAAGACUAGCCAAAAAAUUGAAUGUGUUUCUUCAUUGUUUGGUUUCAUUUUAGAAUGUGAUGUUUUUAUUAAUUCCCGACUAUGUUGAUUCCUGCUUGUU